AUGCAGCGUGGAGUGUUGCGGAUGCCCAGUCCGGUGGCGGACCCAGCGUUGCGGGUGUACCUGACGACGUUUGACUAUGUAGUUCAGGCGCCGGGUCCGUACGACAGGGCACAAAGUGUAUUUACGCGACGCAGUGCGUUGCUGCCGCGUGUGCCUGUAGUUCGCGCCUUUGGCGUGACACCGACCGGACAACACGCAUGCAUGCACAUCCAUAAUGUAUUUCCCUACUGUUUUGUCGAGUACAAAGGCGAGCUAAAGCCUGAUGUGGUCUUGCCAUAUAUACAGCGCUUGGGGCACGAGCUGAACCGCGCAUUUGGACAUGCCUUUCAGCAGCCAAACCGCGAGAUGCAGCUCAUUGCUGCGAUCCAUUUAUGCAAGGCACACCCUUUUUAUGGGUACCACGAGCAGCAGCACUACUAUUUAAAGAUAUCAUACGUGGAUCCAAAUUUGCGCAUUCGCCUUGCUUCCAUUCUCGCGAGUGGCAAGGUUAUGGAAACGCGGUUCCAGCCGAUGGAGGCACACGUCCCUUUUAUCCUGCAGUGGAUGCUGGACUACAAAUUGUAUGGCUGCAGUUUCAUGAAUGUGAAGCAGGCACAUUUUCGGCAUCCCUGGCCAGACACAGAGGGGCAUGAUACGCGCUGGGACGAGACUACGAUCCCCGCAUCAUGGCGAGAUACGCACCAUCUGGCAAGAGAUACAUACUCGGCGCUGGAAUGCGACGUAGACGCUUGCAUGAUUCUGAAUCGAACCGAGGACAGAGGAGAAGGCGAAGGAUUUUUGGUCCCGAGCUUACGUGCACUUUGGGAUUGCGAGAAAGCGCGACGCAAGGAAAUGGAUUUGCCGCUCACACCCACACCACACGGAGCGACACAGCGCUCGUGUGCGAGUACACAAGUGAAAUGGGUCGCUUCCGAACGGCAUAAGGCUAUCUUGGACGAGCGGAUCAAGGACGAGCCUCUUGGUGAGGCGGACAUGCGUGUACCUACGCUGGACGAAUAUAUUCUCGACGCGUCCGAGACCGUUGCGCUAUUUCAUCCCAACGGACUGGAGAAACUUGCGCGAGAAUCCCCAAACGGCAAUUCUGCCAAGAUGUUUGAUCUCGGAUACGUGCAUUCUCAGUCGCAAGGAGAGACGGUAGCAGAAUUGGCACUGUCCCUCUUUCCUAGCCAAGAAUCUUACGAUAAACCAGUGCAAAUUCUGCCUGCAAAAACACCAACAAGCCCUGUCGCGCCGCAGCCCAUUGUGCUUCCACCCACGAAAUGCGCGAAAACGGCAGCAGCGCCCGCCCUGAAGGCGCGCAAGAACUGGUUCGAAUUCCGUGUACCGGCGCCGACAACAACCGAAGUGCUCGACUCAUUUUCCAUGUUUGGACUGCCGAACGUUGCAUAUAACGCGCCGCACUACACGACGCCGUCAGAUAUCCCGCCACAUUCUCGCACAUACGCAGGAAAAUCGUUUUCAUUUCGCUCCAGUGCAUUGCAGCACUUGCCGAGCUUCACAUUUUGGCCCGAUCGGCACAAUGCAAGCACCGGUCAGGCCGGCCAUGUGCGGUGGUGGCAGCUUGAUACGCAACCCCCUUUGGUACGUAGCGUACGUGCAUGGGGAGAACAGCACGCAGCAGACGACCAAGCGCGCCGCCUGGCGCGCCGCCAGCAGGUCAUUUCGCAAAUCGACAACAAAGGCUCUGUGCAGCACAGCAGCUCGGCUCAGAGUGCCACGCCGAUUGAAAAAAGCUUGCAAGAACACAUGACACUGCUUGCGUUAGAGCUACUCGUCUGUACACGCGACGAUAUCUUGCCGGAUCCGCAAUGCGACGAGAUUGCCGCUGUGGUCUAUACCUACAUGCAUGACUCGGCUUCAAAGGAAGCGUCUCUGUACAUCCAACGAUCACACGUCAUUUUGGUGUCCAGUACUCCGGUUCGGCUUGCACUGCCAGACCUGACUGUUGUCGAAACGGAGUUGGAGCUGCUCAAUCUUGUCGUAGAUGUGGUCCGUGCGUUGGACCCUGACUUGCUUGCAGCGUACGACGUGCAUCGCUCUUCCUGGGCGUACCUUGCCGAGCGUGCAUCGGCAUUCUACGAGUACGAUCUAUGUACAGAGCUCGGACGUGCCAAGCGCGGCCAUGCAAUGAAUCCGCCAGACAGCUGGUCGUCCAAAAAAACCUCCUCGCUGCGCAUUCAAGGCCGGCAUGUUAUUAAUAUUUGGCGCUUGAUGCAGAGUCAAGUAGCGUUGACGCAGUAUACCCUGGAGAGCACGGUACAUCAUAUUUUGCACCGACGUAUUCCGCACUACUCGCAUGCGACGCUCACCAUGUGGCUCCAGUCGGGGCGCGCAAAUACGAUGGUUAAAGCCAUUUCGUACGUCGCGCGACGCAUAGCAUUCAGUCUGCUUUUGCUGGAAAAGUCCGGGGUGCUUUUCCGCACGGCUGAAUUUGCAAGGAUCUACGGGACAGAUUUUUUUUCAGUGUUGUCUCGCGGAUCGCAGUUUCGCGUAGAGUCGGUGCUAUUGCGCAUUACGAAAGCACAAAACUACAUCCUGCCCUCGCCGAGCCGCGAGCAAGUGGGCCAGCAAAACGCAGCGGAAUGUAUCCCUUUGAUUCUGGAGCCACGAUCGGGUAUGUACGAUAGCCCUGUGCUUGUGAUGGACUUUCAAUCGCUUUAUCCAUCGAUGAUGAUUGCGUACAAUAUUUGCUACUCUACCUGCCUUGGUCGCUUGGAGUUGUUCAAAGGCACGUACAAGCUUGGGUUCACAGAGCACACGCUUCCGCAAGGCCUCUUGCCGCGUCUGCGCGAGCAUGUGAACAUCAUGCCAAAUGGCCUCAUGUUUGUCAAGCGUCAUAUCCGCGAGAGUACACUUUCCCGCAUGCUCCGCGAAGUGUUGGAUACGCGCGUGAUGAUUCGCCAAGGAAUGCAUGGGGUGCACGACAAGGCAUUGCACCGGCGGCUUAAUGCGCAGCAACUAUCCCUAAAACUCCUGGCAAAUGUCACGUAUGGGUAUGCCGGCGCGAGCGCUUCGGGACGCAUGCCCUGUGUCGAGAUUGCAGACGCGAUUGUCCAAUGCGGCAGGGAAACGCUGGAGCGAGCCAUGUCUUUGAUUGAAAGUACGCAAGCAUGGGGCGCCGAGGUGGUGUAUGGCGAUACAGACAGUCUGUUUGUCCACCUUCCCGGCCGGAGCAAGCAGGAUGCGUUCGCAAUUGGGCACGCGAUUUCAGACGCGGUCACACGUUUGAAUCCUGAGCCAGUAAAACUCAACUUUGAAAAGGUGUACCAUCCGUGCAUUCUGGUGGCCAAGAAACGCUAUGUGGGGUACAAAUUUGAGUCGAUAGUACAACCGCUUCCUGUGCUGGAUGUGAAAGGACUUGAGAUGAUUCGGCGCGAUGGGAAUUUGGCGCUGCAGCGGAUGCAAGAAGCAUGCGUACGGAUCCUGUUCGACACCAAAGACAUCUCUGCGGUAAAGCGAUACUGCCAACGCCAGUGGGAAAACAUAUACGCGGGAAAAGUGUCGCCAUUGCACCUCAUCACGGCCAAGCAAGUUCGGCUUGGAUCGUACAGAAGCCAUGCUCAACUCCCGCCUGGCGCCGCGCUAGCGGCACGCGAAAUGCUGCACGACACGAAUUGCGUGCCGCACCAAGGCGAGCGCAUCCCUUUUCUGAUACGCCACGGUCCGCCGGGCGCAAAGCUGAAUGAUCUUGCUGUGAAUCCGCGCGCUGUACUGGACGACCCGACGUUUGUAUUGCAUGCAGACUACUACAUUCGCCGGAUGAUUGUUCCUGCAUUGGCGCGCCUUUUUAACCUGAUUGGCAUCAACAUCCAGUCGUGGCUGGACGAAAUGCCGCCCAUCCGUGCGCGAAACAUGUCCAAUGUCGCAUUUUCGCAUGGGUACAGCAGAGAGACGUGUCUUCUUUGCGGGCAGCACACUUUGCAGCUAUUUUGCCAGGAUUGCACCCUGAACCCAGAAACGUCGCUCUUCCACGCUUUGGAGCCGCUCCGGGAGGCGGAGCACAAGCAAGUGGCGCUCCAUGCAAUAUGCAACGCUUGUGCAGACGACGGCUCGAGUGAACGGCCGCCGUGCGUUUCGUUGGACUGCGCCCUUACUUAUGCACGCGCUAAAAACGACGCCGACGUCAUGGAAAAGGCCCGUGUGGUGCGUCUUGCAACGGAGCAUCUUGUACAUAUUCAUCCUGCGCAAGACGCAUGGGCGCACAGCAAAUAA